GCCACCACUACAACACUCUACUCCUCCUCCACUGCUGCGCGCUACCACCACCACCACUCCCGCACGCACCACGCCACCGCUGCUGCUGCUCCUCGCGCUCGCAUUGCGGCCUGCGAGGGGGGAAGGAAGGGAGCGGUGCCCCAGUGCGGCGUGCGUGUGAUCUCGGAGGCGCAGCGGGAUGGCAGGGGGAGGAGGCGGGGCGGCGCCGAAGCAGGACGACCUCACGCCGCACCCCGUCAAGGACCAGCUCCCGGGGGUCUCCUACUGCAUCACCAGCCCUCCGCCGUGGCCCGAGGCCAUUCUUCUUGGGUUCCAGCAUUAUCUGGUCAUGCUGGGUACCACUGUGAUCAUCCCAACAGCACUAGUUCCACAAAUGGGAGGAAACAAUGAGGACAAAGCAGUGGUUAUCCAGACAUUGCUGUUCGUGGCAGGGAUCAACACCCUCCUGCAGAGUUUCUUUGGUACCAGGCUGCCUGCAGUGAUUGGCGGGUCAUACACUUUUGUGCUGCCUACCAUCUCAAUCAUCCUUGCUGGACGUUACGCCAAUGAACCUAAUCCACACACUAAAUUUCUCCGCAUCAUGCGUGGAACACAAGGUGCAUUGAUUGUUGCUUCAGCCUUACAGAUUAUAGUUGGCUUCAGUGGCCUUUGGCGUAAUGUUGCCAGGUAUCUGAGUCCUCUUUCAGCUGCUCCUUUAGUGGCACUAGUUGGCUUUGGACUCUAUGAGCUAGGUUUUCCCUCGAUUGCCAAGUGUGUUGAGAUUGGUCUCCCUGAACUUAUCCUACUGGUGAUCUUUGCAAUGUACCUGCCACACACUGUACACAUGCUGAAGUCUAUCUUCGACCGGUUUGCUGUCCUGUUCACUAUUCCCAUAGUGUGGCUCUACGCAUAUCUUCUCACUGUUGGAGGAGCAUACAGGAAUGCACCACCAAAGACUCAAUUCCAUUGCCGCACUGACCGUUCUGGAUUAAUUGGUGGCGCACCCUGGAUAAGAGUGCCAUAUCCCUUUCAGUGGGGCGCUCCAACUUUUGAUGCGGGUGAAGCAUUUGCUAUGAUGGCUGCAUCAUUUGUUGCUCUUGUGGAGUCUACUGGGGCGUUCAUUGCUGUUUCUAGGUAUGCUAGUGCCACACCAAUCCCACCCUCUGUUCUUAGCCGUGGUAUUGGCUGGCAGGGCAUCGGUAUUCUUCUGGAUGGGCUAUUUGGGACAGGAAAUGGGUCUUCUGUAUCAGUUGAAAAUGCUGGUUUGCUAGCUUUGACACGUGUUGGUAGCCGAAGGGUAGUUCAGAUAUCAGCUGGUUUCAUGAUAUUCUUUUCUAUUCUGGGCAAAUUUGGAGCUGUGUUCGCAUCAAUACCUGCACCCAUAUUUGCAGCUCUGUACUGUAUCUUCUUUGCUUAUGCUGGUUCUGCUGGGCUUGGCUUCCUUCAGUUCUGUAAUCUCAACAGCUUUAGGACCAAGUUCAUCCUUGGGUUCUCAGUUUUCAUGGGCUUUUCGGUUCCUCAAUACUUCAACGAGUACACAUCUGUUGCUGGUUAUGGUCCUGUUCACACACAUUCAAGAUGGUUCAAUGACAUGAUAAAUGUGUUAUUCUCGUCCAAGGCGUUUGUUGCUGGCUUUGUUGCAUAUCUACUGGACAACACUAUUCAUAGGCAUGAAAGUUCUGUCAGAAAAGACCGAGGAUACCAUUGGUGGGAUAAAUUCCGUUCAUACAGGACUGACACAAGAAGUGAGGAGUUCUACUCCCUGCCAUUCAACCUGAACAAGUUCUUCCCAUCAGUCUGAGCUUGCUGUGGUUAAUGACAGAUACUCUGUUACUCCGAACUGUCUACCCCCCUAUUCUCUGGCAGUGGCACUGUUGAUCUGGAUUGUCUUGGUAUAUGGAAAUGUUAUGCCCCUAAAAGAUGCAAAAUCCUACAGUGGUGCACUGCAAUUGCCUUCGUUAUGUCAAGUUGCUGUUGUAUAUUUCAUACUCUAUUUUGGUGCCAAAAGUAGGAAAUUUUGGUUACCCGUUUGCGGUUGAGAAUGCCCUGUUAGAGUGUUAGCCCGUUCAUCAUAUAUGUUAUUGUAAAUUCUCAUCCACAAACGGGAUCAAUGACAGUGCCAUUGUAGUGCACUAUGCUAAUAUUGUAGGAAUCCACCACUGAGUCUUCGGCAAUGUUAACUUUGGUGGUUACUGGUCUUUGUUACGUAGCAACUGGUUCCAGCGUAGCCUUGUCCUGUGGAGUUGUGAUUGGGUUUUAUUCGAGGAACCAAAUUCUGUGUGUUGUUUCUUCUCAA